AUGGAAUUUAUGACAGUUUUUAAUAAACUUUACAAUCUUACAAACGAUAUAAAUGUCGAAGAAACAAAACGUUAUAUUGAGAAUUACAAAAAGGAAAAUAAAGAGAUAAUCAAGAAAAAUCGAACUAAACCUUCCUCCUCGAUGGCAUUUUACGAUUCUGAGUUAGAACGUGAAUGUAUGUUGAGGGAAAAGCGAGAACGAGAGGAAGAAGAGGAAGGUGGAACUUUAAAAGUAUUAGAAAAUACCCGUGGUUCUGAUGACCCUAAUGGUCCAAUCACAACUGAAUCUGAAGGAGAAAAGCGGAAGAACAAUAUUCCCCCAACACCCCGAACAAAUAUGCUCAUUCCACCUACCUCAGCUUUUGGACGUCGGGCUCCUGCGACAUUUAUCCCACCAUCAGUGUACGCCCCUCCUUCAUACAUACCACCACCUACACAGGCUCUGGGGCAUGCACCCAGUUCUGCGUUCCCAGCACGUCCAACAGUCACUCCUGUGAGCGGUUUUAUGGCUCCACCUUCCAUGCUUCCAGUAGCCCCACCUACUGGUAGUCUCACAAACAACUGGGUCAGUGGAACACACCACAUGAUACAUCUCCCUCCCACAGCUUCUCUUCGGAAACAACAGGACACUGUUUUGAUUCCUAGUCAAAACACGAAUCAUAACGCAAAAAACCAUACAUCUCCACUUCAGUUUGUAUAUGAACCUUAUAUAGUUGAGUUGUGUGGUCCUGUGCCACCACUUUCUAGUAAUCAGCAUAUUCGUUGGAUUGAUGUUCUUCAAAUGUAUGAAAAAACUGUAAUUGCUAAACUCGAUCAUCAAGCACAAACAUCAGCAAACGAUUCCGAAACCAAGCCUAAGUCAGAAACAGGGGAAUUCGACGCUGUAGAUUGUGAUAGAACUGCUGUUGGUAUUAAGAAAAAUUACAAGACAGAAGAAAGUUUCCUAAGUGAUGAGGUGAAAAAAGAGUAUGAUAGUGAUGGCAGUAACCAUACCGAUAUUAAAAUCAAUGUUUCAAAGAUGGAAGACUCCUGUCCGACAACUAAGUCUUCGGGCCUUUCUUGUCAGCUAACUGCUGGAGCUUGUGUUAAGUAUUUGUCGAAAUCACUGAUGACCUCCAACAUAAGUCAUACGAAUGAACAACUUCCUUGUACAGAAAAUCACUCGGAGUUAAAAGAAGUUUUGAAACCGUGCGGUAAACUUCCGCCGACAAACGACAUAAAAUUGGAUCGAUCUUACUUUAAACGUAAAGUCCCAAUGAUAUUCGUCGGUAUUCAAUGUGAUAAACAUGUCAAGACGUCUUUAGAGAAGUUGAGACCAUUUUUCUGUCCUUUUAUCCGACUACCUAAAAUAUCUAAAACUUACCGAGAUUCAAAUGGAUCGUUGCGUAAAUUGAUGCUGGUUCAAAUGCCUGAACCUGAUAAAAUCUUACAGUUUAUAACUGAUUUGAAUCAGUGGAACGUUGAUUUACCUAAAGAUUACGCAAAUCUUCAACCAGUCGAUUUAUCUGUACCUAAAUUGCCCGAAUGCCUAAACGAUUUGAAAGCUGAAGAUUCAUUAAACGAUGAAGCAUUUAAAAAAGUUAGUGUUGUAGAAGAAGAGAUAAAUAUGUUGGAAAAUAUUGUCACCUCACCAUGUCUCGUGAAUAUGUCGAUCGGUUAUGAAAAUUUCACAUUCGAACAAGUUAUCAAGGAAUUGUUGCCUGAUUUCAUCUUGCCUAUUACUGGGUUUACUAUAAUUGGUCACGUUAUACAAUUUAAUCUCAAAACUGAAGCCUUACCCUACCGUCAUAUUAUUGGUCAGGUUGCUCUUGAUAAAAUACCAAAUAUUCGCACAGUUAUUCAUAAAGCUUCGAAUAUUGAAUCGGCUUAUCGUACUUUUGAAGUGGAAUUACUUGCUGGUGUUCCUGAUUACAUAACAUCAAUGCGUGAAAACAGUGUAACGUUGCACUUGGAUAUUAGUAAAGUUUACUGUAAUCCGCGUUUGGGUACUGAACAUACACGAGUCGUUAACAGUUUGCGUCCACCUCUUCCAAUUAAUGAUCCAUUUCUUACACCGCGACCUAUUCCUGGAGAUCGUGUAGUUGUUUAUGAUGUAUUUGCUGGCAUUGGACCUUUCUCUAUUCCAGCUGGUCGAGCAGGAUGUCAUGUGUUGGCAAAUGAUCUCAAUCCUGAUUCGUUUAUUUGGCUUAAAAAAAACGUUGCCCAAAAUUCAUCGCGUAAACGCCCUUUGAAAAAUAUUGUCUGCUACAAUAUGGAUGGACGUGAAUUUAUUCGUGAAAUUCUUCUUCCGCACUACAGAAAAUAUGGGAAUUCUGACACAACUGAAUCAGCUGAUUGUGAUUCUAUCUCACUAUCAAUUGAUCGUUUUGUAGUUAUUAUGAAUCUUCCUCAAUUGGCUAUAGAUUUUUUAGAUGCAUUUGUACCACCAUUGAAUUGUAUAAAAUCAUCAAAUAUCAUUAAUGAUAAUAGUGUAACUGCCAAUCUAAAUGAUUCAUCUGUUAUACGUCAAAAAUUUAUUAAACCUUUAUAUAUUUAUUGUUAUUGUUUUAUGAGACGUAAUAUUGAAUCGGAACAAACUAUUAAAAUACGUUUAGCUAAAGCUUUAAAUACAAAUAUGACUGAUUUAUUUCAAUUUAUUAAUUCAACAACAAAUGAUGAAAUAGUUGAUAAUAUGAACAAUGAACAAAUUAAUGAUAAAUGUUUCAUAAGAAAUUGGCAUUAUCGUUUUGUACGAAAUGUUGCUCCAUAUAAAGAUAUGUAUUGUGCUGAAUUUGAAUUAUAUUUACCAAAACUAUGGUUAUUUUAUGAUUAUUCAAGUCCAACAGUAAAACGUUCUCGAACUACUGAAAAUGAACUAAUUGAAUAA